CCUCAAUCGGCUUCUGUGUGGAUGCUGGAGCAGCAAGAAGACAGAUUUUUUUUGAAAAAAAAAAAAGAAAGAAAGAAAAGCACACAGGAUUUGACCCAAAAAGAAGCAAACGCGGACACGCGCGCGCAAGCAGUGGCGAAUCUUAUGGAAUUGGCCUAUUUUUUUCCCUCUGUGGAUCGUGCGAGUCGUUUUUUGCAUAGUAAUCAGCUUCAUAUCGGGGAGACCCAGCGCGUGCACGUUCCUCCAAUGAAUGUGUAGCUGAGCCAUGUCUCUGAGAAGCGAGGGGCUGCGACGGCGGCCCGGCGGCCCGUCUUUCUGCUCUCUUCUUUGGCGACCGCUCACCUACUUGCCCGUGGUCCUGGUCCUGCUUCGUCCCCCCGCCGCCGUCCUCGGGGCACUGGAGCUGCAGCUGGACGAGGAGCAGCCGGCGGGCACCAUCGUCGGCGACAUCGGCGCCGGGUUGCCGCCCGGCGAGUCCGCCAGCCUCUACUUCAUCUCGGACCACGAGGGCACGGGCGUCGGAGGAGACCUAAACAUCGACGAGACCACCGGGAUCAUCACCACGGCGCGCCGCCUGGACCGCGAGCGCAGGGAUCACUACAGCUUCAUCGCCGUCACCAUGACGGGCAUCACCAUCCAGGUGGCCGUCACCGUCAAUGACAUCAACGACCACGCACCCGAGUUCCCCAAAAGCAAAGCGCUUCUCAGGAUCCCCGAGCACACGGCAGCAGGGACCCGGUUUUCCUUGGAUCCGGCCAGCGAUGCCGACAAGGACCAGUUCACCACUCAAGGGUACGCCAUCCGGGAGGGGAACGUGGGCCAGGUGUUCCGUCUGGAGACCAAGAGGGCGGCCAAUAAGGCGCUGUAUCUGGACCUGGUCGUCAACGGACUCCUGGACCGGGAGAAACGCUCGAGUUACACCCUGGUCUUGGAGGCCUUUGACGGGGGCUCGCCCAGGAGGGUGGGCUCCAUGACUCUGGAGGUGGGCGUGACCGACGUCAACGACCACGCGCCGGUUUUCAACCAGAGCCGAUACCACGCCAUCAUUUCAGAGAGCCUCCCUCAAGGAAGCAGCAUCCUACAGGUCUUCGCCACAGACCAGGACGAGGGUGACAACGGCCUGGUCCUCUAUGAAAUCAACCGACGGCAAAGCGACCCCGAGCGCUACUUCGUCAUGGACCUCAAGUCUGGAGUGAUCACGUUGAACAGACCGCUGGACUACGAGCUCAAGAGAGUGCACGAGCUGGUGGUCCAGGCCAGGGACAACGCAAGCCAUCCGGAGGUGACCAACGCUUUUGUGACCAUUCACGUGCGUGACUACAACGACAACCAGCCCACCAUGACAAUCAUCUUCCUGAGCGAGGACGGCUCCCCUAGGAUCUCUGAGGGCGCCCAGCCGGGCCAGUACGUGGCCCGCAUCUCCGUCACCGACCCGGACUACGGCGAGUACGCCAACGUCAACGUGUCGCUGGAAGGUGGCGACGGAAAGUUUGCGCUGACCACCAAGGACAGCAUCAUCUACCUGAUCUACGUGGACCAGGUUCUGGACCGAGAGGAGCGCGACUCUUACGACCUCCGGGUGAUGGCCACCGACUCAGGUACGCCCCCCCUCAGGGCGGAGUCUUCUUUCACCAUCCGGGUGACAGACGUGAACGACAACCCGCCUCUGUUUGACCAGCGGGCCUACAGACAGACCAUCCCUGAAGUGGUCUACCCAGGAUCUUUUGUUCUUCAAGUCACCGCCCGGGACAAGGACCAGGGUCCCAACGGGGAAAUCCACUACAGUCUCUUGAAGGGCGAGAACUCCCACUCGGACUGGUUCUCCGUAGACCCGGUGACGGGGAUCGUCACCACGGCCGCCGCCCUGGAUUUCGAGUCGGAGCCUUCGCCCAGCGUGACCGUGGUGGCGACGGACGGCGGGCGGCCGCCACUGUCGUCCACGGCUCGGGUGGAUGUGGUGCUGGAGGAUGCCAACGACAACGUGCCCGUCUUCUCCAGAAGCUUCUACAACGCCACCAUCGAGGAGAAUAGCCCCGCCGGGACCUGCUUCCUCCAGGUGUCCGCCACGGACGGCGACCGCGGUUCCUUCGGCGGCGUGUCGUACGCGCUGGCUCCCUCUGGCGGUGCGGCGGCCGCUUACUUCGUCGUCGACGGGGAGAGCGGGCAGCUGUGCACCGGCGCGGUCGUGGACCGCGACGAAGGGCUGGACGCGUUCGAGCUGACGAUCACCGCGACUGACGGGGGUGGCCUGAGCUCGGCGGCCCGGGUGAGAGUGUCGGUGGCCGACGUCAACGACAACAGGCCCGCCUUUUACCCGGUUCUCUACACGGUCAGCCUGAGUGCCCACAGUGCCCCCGGAACCUCUGUCGUCAGGGUGACGGCCCGCGAUCCGGACGCCGGGCAGAACGGCCGGGUGACGUACCGAGCGACACCUGGGGGAAGUUCUGCCUUCUUCACCCUCAACAAAGAUACAGGUGUGAUAUCCCUUUCGCGCUCGCUCCACGGCAAAGCCAACUCGAUCAUCUCCAUGGUGAUAUCGGCCGAGGACGGCGGUGGCCUGACUGCCCCGGUGGACGCUAGGGUGAACGUGAGCGUGGUGGGGGCGUCCAUAUCGUCGCCUGUGUUCGAGCAGCCGCAGUACUUCUUCACCGUGUCCGAGGACGUUCUCCGGGGCACGGCGGUGGGCGUGGUCCGCGCUGCGACUAAGACUGCUCUUUCCAAAGACAUCUUCUACUCCAUCUCUUCCGGAGAUCCCGAUGGUUAUUUCACUGUGGACAGUGCAACCGGAACCAUCCGCACCGCCCUUCCCCUGGACCAUGAAACCUUCCCAAGACUGGACCUGGAGAUCCAGGCACGCUUCGGCUCCCCUCCCGCUUUUGGGACCAGUCGUGUGCGCAUAUCAGUCUCGGACAUCAACGACAACGCACCCGCCUUCCUGCCCUCUUCAUCUGAGUCCCUGCUCCUGCCCGAGGUCACCAAGAUGGGAACGAUCAUCUACCACAUUCAGGCAUCAGACAAGGACUCUGGUCAUAACGGUCAGCUGAGCUUCGACUUGGUGUCAGCCGGAGUUGCGGGCAGCGGCGGCCAGAGGACGUUCGGCGUGGAUCGAGGCAGCGGGGAGAUGCGUCUGAUAGGCGGUCUGUCCUAUGAGACCAUCCCCCGCUAUGACCUUCAGGUGGUGGCCAAAGAUGGCGGAGCACCUCAGCUGAGCUCCACCUUCACCCUGGUGGUUCACAUACAGGUGCAGGACGCUCAGGGCCCCCACUUUGACACUCUGACAUACCGCGUGGAGCUUCGAGAGAAUGUGCCUCUCAACACACGCUUCCUCCAGGUUCGAGCUCUUAACAAAGACACCUCUGGGAACGGCGGAAGCGCCUCCUCAUCUCCCGACAUUUCGUACCGGCUCCGGCCUGACGGGGAUGCAGCUGGCUUUGGCAUCAUGCCUGAUAGUGGUUGGCUGUUUGUGCGAAGUUCUCUGGACCGGGAAGUCAAGGACAUGUACCUGCUGACCGUUGUGGCCACCUCGGGCCAAAGCGGGACAGGAAGGACUGGCAGCGCCACCGUCAGGGUAACAGUGACGGACGAAAACGACAACUCCCCCAAGCUCACCCAGGACAGGGUGUUCCUGGCAGUGCGGGAGAACCUGCUGGCGGGGACGGGCUUUGGUAGGGUAUCGGCGAUGGACCGAGAUGCAGGACUGAAUGCACGACUUACCUACAGGCUGCUGCACGCUGAUAGACACUUUCAGAUUAACGCGCAGACAGGGGAAAUCAGCACUCGGCAGCCACUGGACAGGGAGCAGCAGUCUAGCUUCCAGUUGGUGGUGGUGGUGCAAGACAGUGGCACGCCUCCCCGAACCGCCACCGGGACCGCUCACGUCAGCGUGCUGGACGAAAACGACCACGCUCCCAGUUUCAGCCAUGCCCGACCCAACCGAGAACUGAUCUUUCAGGUGGAUGAGGGGCUUCCGUCUGGUACUGUCCUAGGUACGGUGUCAGCCAAGGACCCGGAUGAGGGUGAAAACAGCACCAUCUACUACUCUUUAGCAGGCUCCAGAGUGGAGCGCUUCUCCCUGAAUGCCGCCACCGGGGAGCUCCGAACCGCCGCCCCGCUGAGGCGGGCAGAACGUGCAGAGUACGCCUUGACCGUGACCGCUGCCGACCACGGAACGCCGAGCCUCAGCUCUGCCUGCCAGCUGCGGAUACAAGUUCUGAGCUCCGCCAAGUCGUCCCCGAAGCCCAACGUGCUGUCUAUGACGCUGAACGUUGUAGAAGGAGCUCUUCCAGGUUCCGUGGUGGGCUCAGUACACCAGCCAGAAGCUGCCAGCCCGGAAGGCCAGGUCACGUACCUGGUGGUGGGCGGGACGGACAGAGACGGGACCUUCAUGGUGGACCGCUUGAAGGGCGACGUGUACCUGCUGCAGGAGCUGGACUACGAGAAGGGUUCAGAGUACACGCUGCACGUGGAGGUGUCCGACUUCUUCCGGGCCUUUCCUAGCAGCCACCUCGUAAAACUGAGCAUCCAGGUGCAGGACAGCAAUGACCAUUCCCCACAGUUCACAGAAGAUCCCGUGACCAUCGUCGUCCCUGAGAACCUCCAACCGGGAGCCUCCAUUUACACCGUUCAGGCUGUGGACAAGGACGGCAGCGGUCCCAACAGCGAGCUGCGCUACUCCAUGGGGUACCACUGGCCGGACCAGGCUGACCUCCUUAUAUUGGACCCAGUCAGUGGUGUCCUCACCCUGGGGGAGACGUUGGACCGCGAAACCACUCCGUCUCUUCACCUGGUGGUCCGGGCCACCGACCAAGCGCUGGACCCCUUGCAGAGGCGCUGGGGUUCGAUCACAGUGCAACUGUUUGUCACCGACCAAAACGACAACGCACCGGUCUUCAACUCGCCGGCGGCCGUCAGCGUGAUGGAGGAUCAGCCCGUCGGCUUUGUGAUUUUGUAUGUGAUGGCUCAGGAUGAGGACGAAGGGGAAAAUGGCCUAGUGUCGUACAGAAUCCAGACGGGAAACAGUGCUGGUCACUUCAGUCUGAACCCAAACAGCGGCUCUCUGACCAUCCUGAAAGCUCUGGACCGAGAGGAGCAGGAGGUCUUCAACUUGACGGUGGUGGCGGAGGAUGGGGGUACGCCUUCGCUCUCCACCUCCCAGUUUCUCCGCGUGCAGGUGAUGGACAUCAACGAUGAGGUUCCGGUGUUCCAGAAGGCCGAGUUUGAGAGCCAGGUUCUGGAGAACCAGGGGCCUGGCACCACAGUGCUUACAGUGGUGGCCACCGAUAGAGAUCAAGGGUCCAAUGGGCACGUGACGUUCGGGGGGGUGACGGAGGAAGGGUUUGUCAUCAACCCAUCAACCGGCGUCAUCACUACAACCAAAGAGCUGGACAAGGAGCUUCGGGAUCACUACAUUCUCACCGUGUACGCCCGGGACAGAGGUCUGCCCCCCAACUUCGCCAAGGCGACAGUGCGGGUGGAGGUUGAGGACGUGAACGACAACGCUCCGGUCUUCGCCCAGCCGUGGUACGGACUGGAGGUGCCCGAGAACCAUGCCCCCGUGGAGCUGUGUUUCCUCAAGGCCACGGACCCGGACUCUGGUGGCGGCGGGGAGCUGGAGUACAGGAUUACCGCCGGAGACCCGGACGGGGAUUUCCGCCUCGACGCCAGCACGGGAGCCUUGUCCACCCAACGGGGCCUGGACAGGGAGACCAAAGCCGAGUACGCCCUGGAGGUGACGGCCACGGACAGAGGCGGCCCGGCUCUCAGCACCGUGGUCACGGUGAAGAUCCGAGUGCUGGACGUCAACGACAACAAUCCCGUUUUUGGCAGGAGCAGCUACAAUGCAGAUGCCUCGGAGGAUGCCGCUGAGGGAUCACAAGUCCUGAUGGUGUCAGCAACAGAUGCAGACGAUGACGUAAACGGGAAAGUCGUGUACUUCCUCAGCCACGAGGCUCACGGAGCGUUCGCGGUGGACGAGCAAACUGGCCGCAUCACCACGUCGGCACCUCUGGACCGCGAAAAGCAAGCGUCGUACAGCUUCCAGGUGUUUGCCGCAGACCUUUCCCCGGCGUCGCCCAGGAACUCCUCCGCGCAGGUGACCAUCACCAUCACGGAUGUCAACGACAACACGCCCGUCUUUGUCCAGGACCCGUUGGUCAUCGAGGUGUCCAGCAGGAGGUCCCAACGGGUUCUGGCCACCAUGAAGGCAGAGGACAAGGACUUUGGGGCUAACGGCUCUGUGUUUUAUCGCUUUGCCGCCCCGGUGAAGGGCUUCAGCAUCAACUCUCUGACUGGGCAGAUCCAGGCUACGGAGCCUAUGGACACCAUGUCCCAGGCCCAGAGGACCCUCAUCGUGGAGGCCAUGGACCAGGGCACCCCGGCCCAGUCAGCACAGGGGGUGGUGGUGAUCUACGUGAAGGAGGUGGAGUACCAUGGCAUUCGAUUCCCCAGGAACGCCAGAGACGUCAGCAUACAGGAGAACGCGGCUAAAGGCACAGCUGUGGCCCAGGCUCAGGCCCAGUUUCCAGAUGGAAACCGCAAGGGGAUCAGCUACAGCAUCUUCAGUGGGAACAGACAGCAGGCCUUCAGGAUCAGCUCGUCCACAGGUGAAAUCUGGGUGCAGAGCUCCAAGGGUCUGGACUUUGAGGACACACCCAGGUUGCGUCUGGUGGUCAAGGCUGAGACGGUGUCCUCGACCUCCUUCACCAGUAUCAACUUGAUGCUGCAGGACGUCAACGACAACCUGCCUCGCUUCCAGCUACAAAACUAUGUGGUGUACAUGAAGGAGGCACGGGGAUAUGAAACACCGAUCAUACAGGUUGUGGCCCAGGACGUGGACCAGGGCCAGAAUGGUCAGGUGACCUACUCCAUUCAGUCGUCGGGUAUGAGCGGCUUGUUCAAGAUUGAUCCGAUGACGGGAAGCAUCACCACGACGGCUAUCAUGGACCGCGAGAUCUUUACCCAGACCAAGCUGGUAAUCACAGCAACUGAUAGGGGAAGUCCAAGACUAGCAGGUUCAGCGACUCUGACCGUAAUCAUCGUGGACCAGAAUGACAACAGUCCUACUAUACCCUUGCCACAAGAAAUCCGCAUCUCAGAGAACACAUUAAUCGGCACAGAGAUCACCCUGGUGACAGGCAACGACGUAGACUCCGGUCCCGCCCUCGCCUACACCUUGCGCCUGGACCCGAGCGCCGUGGGCAAGUUUGGGAUCCACCGCUACACCGGAGGCGUUUCCCUCACCGCCCCGCUGGAUUUUGAGGAGAAGACGUGGUACACGGUGACCGUCAGAGCCACCGACAGCCAGCACCGCACCGAGGCCAACAUCACCAUCCUGGUAGAGGACGUCAAUGACAAUGUACCGGCCUUCACCCAGGACCUCUAUCAGGUGACCCUACCCGAGCACACGCCAGCUGGGAGUGUGGUCGUCACGAUAACAGCAACCGACAGAGACUCUGGAGAGAACGGAAGGAUCACCUACAGUGUGAUGUCGUCCACUCAGGAGGGCUUCUACAUUGAUCCCAACAACGGAACUUUGUUCAUCAGCCACCGAGCGGAGUUUGACCCCGAACGGCCUUCCGUCAAUGUGGUCAUUGAAGCUCGCGAUGGAGGUUCGCCACCGCAUUCUGCUCUCGCCACCGUCCAGGUUCAAAUCACCGACGUCAACGAUAAUGUGCCCGUGUUCCACCAGUCAGAAUACAGGGCGACGGUUUCAGAGGACACCAUCCCAGGGGUGACAGUCUUGACAUUCGAGGCCUUUGACAGCGACCUCUCCCGGGAAAACUGCGGCUUCGACUUUGCUAUCGCCAAUGGCAACGAGGGCAAUGCCUUCCAGAUCGAAAGCAGCGUGCGCUUCCUGGAGGACCGGGGCUUCCAAACCGUGGGGACGCUUCUCUUGGCCGAGGGUCUUGAUUUCGAAGCCAAGCCGCUGUAUAACCUCACCGUGGUGGUGUCGGACCGUGGCAUCCCCCAGAGGAGCUCCAGCGUGGCGGCCGUGAUUAUGAUCGGCGACGUAAAUGACAACCCGCCGGCUUUCGGUAGGGCGGAAUAUGCGGUGGCAUUGAGCGAGGGUGCUGCUGUCGGGACCGAGAUCAUACGAUUAACUGCAACAGAUCCAGACUCAACGGCCAACGCGGAGGUCCAGUAUGCAAUCAGCUCCGGGGAUGAGGUUAACCUAUUCACCGUGGACCAGUGGACCGGAGCCUUGCGGCUUCAGCAGGCAUUGGACCGCGAGCACCGGUCUACUCACACAGUCGUCGUCCAGGCCACAGACGGUCAAGGACAUUUCGCCUUGGUUCCCGUGUUUGUCGAGGUAAAAGACAUGAACGACAAUCAUCCUUUCUUCCCUGUGGAAGUCCUGACUGUAAGCAUCAGAGAGAAUCAACCAGCGAAUUCCGCCGUGACCGUUCUCCACGCUAUAGACCACGACACAGGAGUCUUCGGCCAGCUAAGGUACUUCAUGUUAGAGCGGUCGCCCGCGGGAAAGGACUUCUUCGUGGAUUCUUCCACUGGAGAGAUCAGGAGCAGGAACCCCUUUGACUUUGAGAAGAUCAAUUCAUUUAACUUUGUCGCACUGGCGGUUGAUGCAGGAAACCACUCUGCCACAGUGACGGUGCAGGUCUUUGUCGCAGGCGAGGAUGAGUACGAUCCGCUUUUCACAUCCUCAGAGUUCUCCUUUGAGGUCCCAGAGGACGCCAGGAAAGGCCAGAGCAUCGGCCAAGUCCAGGCCCAUGACGAGGACGGGGGCGUAGACGGGAUCGUCCUCUACUCCUUCCCCACGAGCUCGCCGUACUUUGAGGUCAACAAAACCACCGGUGUGGUUUUCCUCAAGCUGGACAGCGGUCACAGCAGCAACAGCGGAUCGGGUCGAGCCAAAAGGGAAACCAGGCUGAUUACUCUGGACGUGAGCGCUCACAGUCCUCUAGAUGCAUCUCGCCAUGCCACGGCGCACAUCUCCAUUGACGUAACCAACACAGGUUUUGGCCUGUCCCCCGACGUUAACAUCCUGCUGAUUAUCAUUAUCGCCGUGUCGCUUGGGGUGAUCGUUCUGCUCGUUGUCACGGCGGUGGUGGUGUUUCUGGUGAAGUCGCGCAGGAGGAAGAAAGCCCAGAAUGCUACAAACAGAAACGUGGCCUCAGGAACCGCUCUGAAGAAUCUGGACAACUGCAGUUCGGGACAAGGAGGGGAAAUAAUCUACCACCAGGCCUUGCCAGGCUAUGUUGGAGACCAGACGGGUGGAGGUGGGGGUCCGUACGCAAGAGGUGGGUCUCUGGAUCCGUCUCACUCUAGUGGAAGAGGAUCUGCUGAGGCAGCGGAGGAUGACGAAAUCAGGAUGAUAAACGAGUACCCUCGCGUGGCCUCCAUCACCUCGUCCAUGCAGGAACACAUCUCCGCCAGAGGGCCAGACUCUGGGAUUCAGCAGGACGCCGACCAGCUCUCCGACGUCUCCUGUGAACCAGCGGCUUUGGAAGGGAGCACUUGGUUCAAAGGCAAAAAACUGGGCGGCAGUCUUAGCGGGACUUUGCUCUCUGGGCAGCUCCCGGUCUUCAGGGACGAGGGAGCGGGGUUCCUUGGAGUUGGCCGGGGCCUCAAUAUUUCCCUUCCUAAGGAUUACGCCUUCCCUGAGGAUGGUAAACCAUCCGUGGGCGGUUCUCUCACAGCUAUAGUGGCCAGUGACGAAGAGCUCCGCGGCAGCUACAACUGGGACUACCUGCUCAACUGGUGUCCCCAGUUCCAACCCCUGGCCAAUGUCUUCACAGAAAUUGCCAGACUGAAAGACGAGACAGCCCAGCAGAACCCCAACCUGCGCCAGCCUUUCCAACCCAAGCCUAAAACGGACCCCAAACCCAGAAUCGACCCACCGCCACUCAUCACAUCUGUCGCCCACCCUGGGGCCAUGUCGGUGCCACCCAAGGUCCCUGUGAUCGGACGGACGUUCCCUCACCUGGCGUCGCUCCGACGGUCCCCCAUCAGUCAUGAGGGUUCCAUUUGCUCAGCGGCCAUGUCGCCCAGCUUUUCGCCCUCGCUUUCCCCGUUGGCGGCGCGCUCACCUGCCGUCUCCCCGUUCGGUGUCAACCAGGGGCCCUCCGCGUCCAUGAUUAGCACCCGGGAGCCCUCGCUGGACCGGAGUCCGGAUCAUGAGAUGAGAAUAUGAGGGCUUCGAAAGAGGACCAUUUCGCAUACUUCUGCGUUCUUGACACGAAAUUCCAUGGACUGGCACUGAGCGUGGUGACUGGACCACCCUUUGUGGUGUCUACAGCAGGGGUUCUCAAACCUUUUAGGUCCAGGGACCACUUACAGGGGAGAAAGAUUUCCAAGGACAACCCUAAAUAUAUUUUGCCAAUGUCACAUUUAUGUGAUGAUACAUCACAGUCUUAUCAGAACAUUUAAUUGGCCCAAAGCUAAGGUCAAAAGGAGUAAACGGUUUAUUAUGUUUGUUUUACUGGAGUGCCCCCCAUACUGUAGGUCUACACUUUUUUAAAUUAUAGGACACACUAAUUUAUUGUCCCCGGACCCCAGUUUGGGAAUCACUGGUCUACAGGACAACUCACUGUGGUUUCGUCAGUGACUUGCGGCGUUGCGGUUGGUUUUCACGUUCCCUCGCUGGCUGGCCAGAGAGCACCUCAUGUGGUUUUGCGUUACAGUGUUCGUCAUUGGAAAAAAGGAACCCCAACGGAAUGUUUUGACGUGCCAAUGUGGGACAGACAUGGAGAUGGUUGCCUGUUUCUUUGAUUUUUAUAUAUUUUUUACAUCCAAUAUUGAUUUGAGAUUGUGUUUGUGCAUUAUGUAUAUUAGGAUGUAUGAAAACUAGGCUAUGUGCCUCUGUGAUUGUUAGCCGGUUAGCGCCUCUAGUCGGCACCGAUAUGCACGUUUGGUAGCGUUAUUUAUACGAACAAAGGAGGAGGGGACUUUACGAUCAAAGCAGUUCUCGAGGGGGUCACCUCUUGUGUCUUUACAAUGAAAGUGCUUCCUGCGUCGAUGACGACGGCAUUCAUCUCAGCACAAAGGGAAAUAUGCAAACGUCACCGCACAUCAGCCAACGCGACCCAAAACGUUUGCGGCUUCGGGUUGGGUUAGGGUUUAAGGGAUAGCGUUACAAAUUAGAUGUAGGGUUUGGGGCUAGGACACGGAUUACGGUUAGGGGUUGAGUCGAAACGUACACAAACAUCAUCCAGUGCAGUAGUUUUUCUCCGCAUCCAUCUCAUUUACAUACGAUUGUGUUUUCUAAAGCCUCGAAAAACAAAGAGCUGUACUGGACUCGUAUUUAAAGCAAAAUAAAUCCCCCACUGAUCCCUUUUGACACAAACUGGAGUC